UUUCAAAGAGUCUCAGAUAAAAGUGCGGAGGACUGAUUGGUGCACUGAUAGCAGCGCCUCGCGGGCGCGCCCCGAUGCCAUGUCAGUCUCUUGUCGAGCAUCGCUCCGAUCACCUCGCCCAGGUGCCAGCCAUGAGGUGUCUGCUCCCCACCGUGCUGCUGGUCGUCGUGGCCAGCGGCGCCAGCAGCGCCAGCGCGCGCUCCACCGGCCAGGUCAUGACGCAAAAGGACGCCCUUGACCUUUUCUUCAAGUCGUUGGAUGCCCGUCACCGGUUCCGCGACGCCGCAAAUUCGAUGGGGAUGAACCUGAGCGACUGGCAGACGGCGCUCCUCGCGCCGCCCUGGGUCGAGGCUGUAGUCCGGGCGGGCGCCAGCAGCGCCGGCGAUGACGCGUUCAACAAACUGGUGGAGACCCUCAGAAGGCUCAUCGAGACCAUGGCGGAACCGCUCAAACAGGAAUACAUCGACCUCGGCCACAACGACCCCACGCUCAACGUCGCGGGUUUCAUUAAAGAUUUAACUGUAUACAAAUUGUCCACAUUUAAGAUUGAAGAGAAGGUUGUCAACUUCUUUAAUGUGAGCGCCCGCUUGAAGGUGUCAUUUGAAACUUUGGACGCCCACGGUACCUACAAAGUCGACGCCACCGCAUCGGAUCAGUUACACGUUUACGGCGACGGACACUUUGAUGUCCGUCUGAGGGAGCCGACAGUUGAGCUUUACGUUCGCUUAGGAUAUCAAGGCGAGCACUUCACCAUAGAGGAGCUGACCAUCAAUUUGAAGAUGUCCAAACUGAAGGUGAUAAUGACCAAUUUCCUCGGAGGUGGAGAGGUUGGUGACCUUAUUUGUGGAAUCGUCAGCGACGUAGGUCCUGAUUUUUUGGAAGAAUAUCAUCAAGAAGUUAGCAGUCUCCUCUCCACUGUAGCCAAGGAUACAGUUAGCGUACUGCUUGCCAAAGCAGACAUCAUCACCAUCCUUGAUUGGAUUUCCGGGCAAAGCCUACCAUUUUAAGAAAUGUUUUUCAUUACAUGUUGUUAAUAUGGAUGAAUCAAAAAUAAUUAAUACAGAUAAAUAGUUUUUCCCUCCCACACUUUAA